CCUGCCGGGGUAACCGCGAGGUGGCAGCCAUCUUGCGUACGGCGGUGCUGUUUCCCAGAUGCCGAGGGUUUUGGUUUUUAGUUCCUCUGUGCUUUGGGGUGGUGUUUGUGCGUUGCUUUCACCUUUUCAGAUGUUCGUGUCUUUCUAGACCACGAUUUUAUUGGGAGGUAGAAGCGAAUGUAGUGUAAGAUGCCUUAUGGUGAAAUUGAAGCGAAAUCCUUGGAUCAUCGUGAAGAACUAACAGGUGAACCAUGCUAUAAAAAAUUGAAGUCAGCUGAAGAGGCUUAUGUUUUUUCUCAUCAUGGUACUGCUGAUUUUCACAGAAUCCAAGAGAAAGCUAGGAAUGAUUGGGUCCCUGUGACCAUUGUUGAUGUCAACGAACACAGUUAUCUUCAGGAGGACAAAACCAAAAUUAUAAACUCGGUGAAACCUGUGCAUGAUGAGAUGCCUGGCAAUAAUAGAUCAGAUGUUAUUAAAUCCAUUGAUGUUUUACAGGAUGCCAGUCCUACAUUGGUAUCCAAAGAUGAUGAGAUAUAUAGCACAAGUAAAGCAUUUAUAGGACCCAUUUACAAUCCCCCUGAGAAGAAGAAAUACAAUGAAAGGAGAAAUCACUCAGAAGCAGUCAGUGGUAUAGAUGGCAAAGGAGGACGAGAACAGAAACAGAACUUCAACUCUAAAAAAUCAAAGCUUGACAACGAAUUAUUCCAGUUUUACAAGGAAAUUGAAGAGCUUGAAAAUGAAAAAGAUGAUCUGGAAGGCAGUUGUGAAGAACCUGAGCUCUCUGAAGAAAAACUUACUGUGUAUUAUCAGGACCAUAAUAAUGAGCUGUUAAAAUCUGAAGAAGUAAAGGAAGGAGAUAUUAGUAAUGUUUUUCAGUCGCAUUGUAGUUACCGACAGCAUGGGGAGAACGAGCCAGGCAAAUAUCCUUGUAAUGGACAAGUAAUACCUGCAUUUUGUGAUGAUUCCUUAACUUCCUUCAGGCCUGAAUGGCAAUCAGUGCAUUCUUUUAUAGUACCCCAAGGUCCUCCUCCUCCCAGUUUUAACUAUCAUUUAAAUCCGCAAAGAUUCAGUGCUUCACCAAAUCCACCAUCAAAUAUUUUCCAUGUUCCAGAUGGGUCUCAGCAUCAAAAUGGGUAUUAUGUAAAUAGUUGUCACAUUAACUGGGAUUGUUUGACUUUUGAUCAGAACAAUGACUAUAUUGACUAUAGUGAGAAUACCAGUAGAGAUCAUUCCUUUUUUAAUGGCUACAUUGUGCAAGAUGGAUAUGUGAGUAAUGGUUUCUGUGAAACCAGGGAAAGAUGCUGGGAAGAUCCUUCUAUGGACAAGCAUAAUGGAAUAGACAGGCUUAAGAACCAGCAGUUUCAAGAGGAAAAGUUAAAUAAAUUGCAGAAGUUACUUAUUCUUUUAAGAGGUUUGCCUGGUUCUGGGAAAACAACGUUGUCUCGAAUUCUGCUUGGUCAAAGUCGGGAUGGCAUUGUGUUCAGCACUGAUGACUAUUUUCACCAUCAAGAUGGGUACAGGUAUAAUGUUAAUCAACUUGGUGAUGCCCAUGACUGGAACCAGAACAGAGCAAAACAAGCUAUCAAUCAGGGGAGAUCUCCAGUUAUAAUAGACAACACUAAUACACAAGCUUGGGAAAUGAAACCAUAUGUGGAAAUGGCCAUAGGAAAAGGAUACAGAGUAGAGUUUCAUGAACCUGAAACUUGGUGGAAAUUUGAUCCUGAAGAAUUAGAAAAGAGGAAUAAACAUGGUGUAUCUCGAAAGAAGAUUGCUCAGAUGUUGGAUCGUUAUGAAUAUGAAAUGUCCAUCUCUAUUGUAAUGAAUUCAGUGGAACCGCUACACAAAAGCACACAAAGACCUCCUCCUUCACAGGGGACACAGAGAGAAAGAGAUUUGAAGAAAACUGGGCACAGGCUCAGCAAAACCAAACAGAAGAGAAGCAGAAAAAGAAAUAAAAAGCAGAACAGUCAUAGUAAAAUCAUGGAGGAAAACUCAUUUGAAACCGUAAGUUACCACACGCUAGGAGAUCAGGACCCAUCUCAGAGUGAAGAGGAAGACAUCGAAGACACCAAAAGAGAAUCAGUGUGCACUUUCACUGGUGCACUGGGAAAUAAACGAGGACAAUUAGUGAACAGCCACAAAGAUGAAGUAUGGAAAAGCAUAAAUCCUGAAGAUACUUUUCCAAAUGCUGUAUCUGCAGUUGAGCUGGACAAUACAUUAAAAAAUGAUCUCCCUAGAGAAAACAAUGAUUUAUUUCUAAAUGUGUCACUGAUGCCAAAUGAAAACUCUGUGACUUGCCUGACAAUGACUCAGAAUCUUUCCUGCGUAACAAGUGAUGACUGCUCUGGCACAAAGGUAGGAAAGCAUCCUGGAAAUAGGCAUCCCACGGCAUCAGACAUCCAGAGCGGAUCUGCUGACUUCCCCAGCUCAUUUAUGCAAAAGAGAGAGAAGGUAGAUAAAAGACUCCAAAAUGAAACAAUCCCGUGCCAUCAGUAUGCGUCCAGAACCUCAGAUAAAGGUUUAAGAACGGAACAAGGAGUAAGUGCAACUAAGAGCAGUUUUUGGCCUCUUUUUCCAAAUAAUCUAUCUGAUGAAGAAUUACAGCCAGGCUCUGAGAGACAAUCCUGUUUGGGGAGCUGGCCUGAGGGACCUCAUAAGUUUAUAUGUGAACAAAGACCAAAGAAAGAUAGAUGGCAAAAAUUGGCCUCUCCAGACAGCAGGGGACAAUUGAUUACAUUGAUCUCCACUUCCGAAGAAACUUCAGUACCAGGAAGCAGUCCAGAAACACUGGUAGAGGAGAAGCUUUUGAUAGAAAAUGAAGAUUUGUCACCUUCAACUGAGAAUACAGAUUCAAUCAUAGCAACAGAAACAAGUAUCUUUAGAAGCUGCUUGCCUAACCUGGAUAUCCCAAAGAGUGACUUACACUCAACAAAGAAUAAGAAAAGGAGAGAGAAACGGCUUUUCAAUUUGGCACCAAACUUUAACUUACUGGCACAGAGCUAUAUCGAUGUAAAAGAAAGAGGUGAAUGUGGCUUGUUAACAGAAAGCCAUGGACUAAAAAUUAUUUUGGAAGAAGAAAAAGACAGAAUUUCAGAAAUAUGUAAUAAAGAGGAGACCACACAAAAACUCAUGACCUUUAAUCAUCACCCAUCAUGGUUUUACUUCGAUAUUAUCGAAGAUCCUCCUCUAAAUGUUGGUAGACGAUCUUAUUCUCAUUACCUGCCAUUUAAUAGACACUCUGUAUAUUUUUACAAAAACCCUAUUCCUUCUCUUGUGCUACAAUAUACAUCUAGCUUUCGGAUGGUAUCCUUUACAAGCAAGAGAUCAUUUUUGACUUCCAAAUCUCAAACAAGAGUAGAUAACCAACCACGUGACAUAGGGUUUGUUUCUUCAGGAGUUUUAAGUAGCCAGCAUGAUCCUUUGUACUCUUUUAGGGUCACUUCUGAUCUUCACUUUUUAAAUGAAAGCUUUGAUGAGAAGCUGGAGACAUGGGAAGAACCCAAGCCGUUACAGUUCUUGCAAACUGAAGAUAGCCAAGAUUUUACAAGCCCUGGCGUUGAGUCCCUUGAGCUGCAAUUAUCACAAGGGUUUGCCUUUCAACUAGUAAAGCUUUUUGGAUCACCUGGAGUUCCAAUGGAAUCUUUGUUGCCUGAUGACUGUGUGGUUUCCCUUGACUGGAAGACACUGAAGAUGAUCUAUUUACAAUGGAAGACAUCAGUUGAGUUGAAUUCUUCAGUCUUCCUGGUGCUGUUGAAGAUCCUACCCACCAAGAAAGAGUGCUCAGUGCCCACCCAAAGGAUUAUUUUCGGCAGUAUACUCGUGGGAUACCAAAAUUGGCUUGGAUAACCUGUUCAACUGUUCUUGAUUAGUUAUCUGAACAAUAAAAAACUCAACAAAAGAGGAUUUUAAUUCCUGGUUGACAUUUGGCUAACCAGAAGACUCCGGAUGAGAGACCAGCUUAUUAAAGAACAUCUCUCUAGGGACGACUGGCGUGAGCACUGGCCUGGGAGUCUGAAGAUUGGGCCUUUAGAUCCUCUUCAUCAUGAAAGCUGGUGACUUUCGGCAAUCACCUAGCUUCUCUGGGACUUCUUUUCCUUACAUGUGACUACUAAGAAGGGAUUAGAUUAGGUGAUUUAUUGAAGAUCCUUCUGGCUCUUAAUUUCUAGUUGUCAGUCUGAAGAAUGGUUUGUUAACAAUGGCUAGGCAACGAGCUCUGACCUUGGAGUCAAUUUAUGGCUUCAAAUCCAAGCUCUGCCAUUCACUAUCUAUGACCUUUACUCAGCUCCUCUGCACCUUGGUUUCCUUUUCUGAUACACAGGGAUAUCUGCUUUGUCCAUUUCAGAAGACUCUCGCAGAUGUUAAAAUGUGAGAGAACUUGCUAAACUUUAAAGUGCUGUAUACAUCUUAUAAGGUGUUAGUUGCUGCUUCAGAUGUUGAUCAGCUGAGAUAAAUCUUCAAGGUGUUACCGGGGAGAAACCUGACUCUGAAAUGCAGCAGGCAGCUGGAAGUUGACUUGUUGUUCUCCGGUACUCCGGUUCGGAGUUCUGGAGGCAGAGGAUCAUUGACCCUGCUAUGGGAGGGCAGAGGGGUGGCUUUUGCUUUUGUGUAGCAGUCUGGGAAGUAAGAAGGCAAACAGGCCACAGCUCAGCAAGGAGGAAGCCUUCGGUGAGGAUGAAAUGGUGUGGCGGACCUCAAGGACCUGCCUUCCCCUCCUUUCUGGUGGGUCCGGUGGGGGAGAGAAGGAGAAUGGCAAAUUGUUUAAAAAAUGCGCAUGUAGAGAAAGUAGUGAAACUGGAAGGCUAUCCUCUCUUGUAUUGUUGGAUUCUGGGAAAUUCAUGUUUUCUUUAUUCUCUGUAUUUUCCAAAUUUUCUAUAACGAAUAUGUAAUUUUUUAAAUCAGAAAAAUAAAAACAAGUUUUUAAAAAUUGGAGAAGAUUGUUUUUACAAAUGUGGGUUCCUCUUUUUUACCUGCUUUUCUCAUCUGAUUAAAGAAACAAUAAAAGUGUUGUUGAAAUUA